GGCGUGGGAGAAAGUGGGUGGGUGGGGGAGAUGUGAUGGCGACCGAGGCAGAGGCGGAGGUUGAGGCUGAAGUGGAGUGGGUGGUAGAUAGCAUCGCCGGCUUUCUCCGCAGCCCCGCUUGGUCUAUUCCCAUUCUGGAGUUUGUGGAGCACAAGUGUGAAGUUUUUGAUGAUGAGGAAGAAAGCAAGUUAUCUUACACUGAAAUUCAUCAGGAAUAUAAAGCUUUGGUUGAAAAAUUAUUAGACAGUUAUCUUAAAGAAGUUGGAAUUAAUGAAGACAAGUUCCAGGAAGCUUGUAUGUCUCCUCUUGCUAAGACUCGAACUUCCCAGGCCAUUUUACAGCCAGUACUGGCAGCAGAAGAUUUCAGAUUGUUUAAAGAAAUGAUGGUCCAGAGAAAUAUUGAAAUGCAGUUGCAGGCCAUUAGAAUAAUUCAAGAAAGAAAUGGUGUGCUACCUGACUGUUUGACUGAUGGAUCUGAUGUAUAUACUGAAACUGAAGAAGAAGAAAUGAAAAUACUAAGAGAGGUUCUUAGGAAGUCUAAGGAAGAAUAUGAUCUAGAGCAAGAAAGGAAAAGAAAUAAUGAGGCACAUGAUAAAAUGAAAUCACCUGAUGUUGCACAUAAAUCUCCAAGACAUUUUAAUGAAAGUGCGGGACCUAAGAGGUCUCUAAAACACACUACAAAACUGCCAGGUCCAGAAGCAAAACAAAAUGAUGUAUCUAUUCAAGAUCAUUCCUCUGUCAAACUGAAGGAAGAUAGUUGCAGGAAAGCAGUUGGGGAUGUCUCUGAAUAUGUAACAAAGCAAGGAGUGCUAGAAGGACGUAAAUUAUCAGAACUUGGAGCAAAAGAGCUGAGAGAACGUGAGGACUAUCUAAAGCAGAAACGAGAUGCAUUGAUGGCUUUGAAGAAGAAAUCAAAAACAAGUCUCCCACCACAAAAUAUAGAACAGAAAGAAGAGUUGUCCCCUUCUAAAGAGGCAAUGUCAGAAGAAGAGGAACAAAGAUUGUUAAAGAAGCGAAUUCUUGCAGCAAAACUAAAAGAAGAAGUCAUUAAUAAGCGAUAGUUUAAAGAAGCUGCUUCUAAGGUUACAUAUUUAACCAUGAACUGUUUGCUUACAACUAUUCCAUUGCAUUAACUUGAUAUUAUAUAUUAUAAAAACAGUAAUUCUUUAAAUUGGUUCAAAAGUAGAGAGGAAAGCAAUGAUUUAACAUUUUUAAUAAAUUCCACUCUUUUGUUUCUUGCUAUUUCUGGUAUAUGCUGGGUCAGGCUGGUCACUGUUGUACUUUUGUUGGAUUUAAUAUUACUUUUUGAAUGUUGCUGUCAAAUACUUUUAUUAAAACAUUAAAUUGACUAAACUUAA